GAGCGGGUAUUUUUGUCUAACAGUGGAAAAGAGGGGCAGGCCACUGGCCAGAGUCAAACUUAUACCUGUCACCAAACAAAGCAAUUUCCAGUGCGUUGGGUUUCUUCUUUCACACCAAAUCUGCCUCUGCCCAUUGCCAGCUAUGAAUUCCAAAACUACUUCUUCCCUUAUAUUGUGGACAUUUUGUACUUCUCUUUUGACUUUUCUUAGAAUAUCGAUCAAAAGGAGGAAACUAAUAUUCUGUUAUAGUAGAAGAAUCUCUCUUUUUGUUUUGUCCAUCAUUUUGAGAGAAAGCAAUUAUGACAAGCUUUGAUGGCAGCAUAGCUCCCAACAACAAUGAGGGAAAGUUUACUGCAAUGGCAGUGUGUUGGCUUCUUGGAAAUGGAUGUCUCUUUUCAUGGAAUAGUAUGCUCACAAUAGAAGAUUACUAUGGCUACCUUUUCCCGCGAUACCACCCCGCAAGGGUUCUUACUCUUGUGUAUCAACCAUUUGCAUUUGGAACACUUGCAAUACUUGCAUACAAUGAGGCAAAACUCAAUACAAGAAAAAGGAACGUAUCUGGAUAUAUCCUAUUUUUCAUAAGCUCUCUUCUUGUUUUAAUUCUUGAUUUAGCUACAUCUGGAAGAGGGGGCCUUGGAACUUUUAUUGGGAUUUGUGUCAUUAGUGGUACAUUUGGAGUUGCAGAUGCCCACGUGCAGGGUGGAAUGAUCGGAGACCUAUCCUUGAUGAAACCUGAACUACUGCAGUCCUUUCUUGCUGGUAUGGCAGCAUCAGGGAUCAUAACUUCUGGUUUGAGGUUCAUUACAAAAGCAGCAUUUGAGGAUUCUAAGGAUGGUCUUCGCAAAGGAGCUAUUGUAUUUUUUGCUAUCUCUGCAUUUUUCGAGUUCCUUUGUGUUUUUCUCUAUGCCUAUGUCUUUCCAAAACUACCCAUUGUGAAGUACUACCGCUCAAAGGCAGCCUCAGAAGGUUCAAAAACGGUUUCAGCUGAUCUUGCUGCUGCUGGCAUCAGAACAUUUCUUAAAGAAGAAGCUGAGGAAGAUCCAAAAAAAUUAGAGCGGCUAAGCAACAAAGCUUUACUAUUGGAGAACAUUGACUAUGUAGUUGAUAUGUUUUCGAUAUAUGUGCUCACAUUGUCUAUUUUCCCUGGAUUUUUAUCUGAAGAUACUGGAUCACAUAGUUUAGGUGCAUGGUAUGCCCUAGUUUUGAUAGCAAUGUUUAAUUUAUGGGAUCUUAUUGGGAGAAACAUUCCACUUGUGAAAUCCUUGAAGCUGGAAUCGCGAAAAGGUCUCAUGAUAGCUAUUCUCUCUCGUUUCUUACUCAUUCCUGCAUUCUAUUUCACUGCCAAGAAUGCAGACCAGGGAUGGAUGAUAAUGCUAACAUCCUUCUUAGGAUUAACCAAUGGUUAUUUCACUGUCUGUGUACUUACUUCUGCACCAAAAGGUUACAAGGGACCGGAGCAAAAUGCCUUGGGGAAUUUCCUUGCUUUGUCUCUUUUGGGUGGUAUAUUUGCCGGAGCAAUGCUCGACUGGUUGUGGCUGAUAGGCAAAGGAUGGUGAGGGCAGACAUCUGCAAAGAUCAAGUGGAGACUCUUCCUUGGGAGGAAACUGUUGUCUGAUUUGCAUAAUAUUGGUGAGUUGUGAUGAGAAGCGAUAGAACUUUGUGGAAAGAUUGAUUCAAUUGGUGAAAAGGUUGGACAGUUUUCUCGGAAAUCGAAUUAUCAAUACUUUGUUUUGUCAUAUUCUUUGUGAAGUGUAGAUAAAUGUUACAUGAAUCUCUGGAAGUAGCAAAAUGUAUAAUUGUUUCCAUGGGAUUUGAUGCUGAAAAUCUCCCCCUUUUAAUUUUCUUUUGCUUGCCAUUAUUGACGAUAUUAGUUAUGAAAGAAAAGGUUGCAUAAAUGAAAUCUUUUCUCCCUUCCUCCUUUUUAAUUAAA